CGCGCCAUGGUUCUCGCGCUGACGUGCGCGGUGCAAAACUACGACUGGGGCGUCGUCGGCGACUCCGAGGUGUCGUCCUUGGGCGAGGCGAACGCGGGCGUCGCGUCGGACGCGACGAAGCCGCACGCGGAAUUAUGGAUGGGCACGCACCCCUCCGGUCCGUCCGUCGUCGUCGGCACCGGCGCGGGGCUCAAGGAGACCAUCGCGUCGGACGCGCGCGCGCACCUCGGCGAGCGCGUCCUCGAGCGCUUCGGCCCCGAUCUCCCGUUCUUGACCAAGGUGCUCUCCGUCGCGAAGGCGCUGUCGAUCCAGGCGCACCCGGACAAAAAGCUCGCGGCGAAGCUCCACGCGUCCAACCCUGCGGCGUACAAGGACGACAACCACAAGCCGGAGAUGACGCUCGCGGUGACGCCGUUCGAGUCCCUGUGCGGGUUCGUGUGCCACAACGACAUGGCGAAGAACUUGACGGAGGUCCCCGAGCUCGCCGCCGUCGCGGGCGAGGCGGCGGAGGACUUUUUGGGAUACAUGCCCAACUCAGUCGGGUGGGUCCCCGCGGCGAGCCGGCGGCGGAUCAAGGGCGUCUUCGCCGCGGUCAUGCGCGCGGAGAAGCCCGAGAUCGAGCACGCGGUCGAGACGCUCCAAAAACGGCUCUCCGCCGCGGACCCGGCGACGCUGCGCGACGUGGACACGCUCGCGUUGCGUCUGUGCGAGCAGUACCCGAAGGACGUCGGCGUGUUGUGCGCUUACCUCCUCAACUACGUCACGCUCGAGCCGGACGAGUGCAUCUAUCUCGCCGCGAACGAGCCGCACGCGUACCUCGCCGGGACGUGCAUCGAGUGCAUGGCGACGAGCGAUAACGUCGUGCGCGCGGGGCUCACGCCCAAGCUGCGCGACGUGGACGUGCUCGUGGAGAUGCUGACGUACGCGUGCGGCCCGACGAAGAUUUUGCGCGGCGACGUCGUGGACGAGAAGACGCGGCGGUACGUCCCUCCGUUCGACGAGUUCCAGCUCGAGACGAUCAAUCUGGGGCCGAACGACGUCUACGACGUCGCGGUAUCGAAGGGCCCGUGCGUGUAUCUCGUCCGCGAGGGCGGCGGGACGGUGAACGGGACGACGGGGACGGAAGCCAUGGAGGCGAAGCGCGGCGGCGUGUUCUUCUCGAGCGCGGGGGAGGCGGUGAGGUUCGCCGCGAGCGCGGAGGGAAUGAGAGCGCACCGGGCGAUGAUCAACGACUGGGUGUUCAGCGACGUGCCGAGGCCGCCGAAGUGGAAGGAGAACGACGUGGAGGGGUGGCGCGCGUACGAGCACGGGCGGCGGGAGGACGACGACGAAUACGCGUAGGGCUACUAGCUAGCGCUUUCUACCCACGCCAGUGAUCUCAGCGAAAAAUCGUCGCUCGGGGGCCG